GCCCCGCGAGACCGCAAGGCGGGGUGUGGACUCCAGAUCGCUGCUCCUCGGCGACCCGGCCGCUGCAGAGCAUCUCUCCGCCGGGCAGAGCCAGAGCGGGAGCGGCGCUUUGUUCCUGCCACAGCCAACCCGACCCUCUGGCGCUGCGUCCAUCCCUCGCCUCUCUGCUCUUUCUUCCCGCCCGCCGCCUGCAUCCAGGCCUGCAUCCCCUUCCCCAACCCUUCCGUCCUCGAUCCUGACCUCAUCCCUCCCCCAAACUUCUGGUCAGCGCCCUUGCCUAGUACUCUCUCUCCUUCCCUUUCUCCUGCGUCUUCUUCCCCCUGGUCCCCUAUCGGGCCUUCCUUGCCCCGAGGCCCCGGGUAGCUCCGCCGGGCCCCGCCCCCCCAGGCCGGGCAUGUCCCUGGCAGCCCCGCGCCCAUGGUCCUGACGCUGCUCCUCUCCGCUUACAAGCUGUGUCGCGUCUUCACCAUGUCGGGCCCACGGCCGGGCGCCGAGCGGUUGGCUGUGCCGGGGCCGGAAGGGGGCGGCGGCGCGGGCCCAUGGUGGGCCGCCGGCUGCCGAGGAUCCCGCGAGGUGUCACCCGGGGUGGGCGCCGAAGUGCAGGGCGCCCUGGAGCGAGCACUGCCGGAGCUGCAGCAGGCGCUGUCGGCGCUGAAGCAGGCGGGCGGCGCGCGGGCCAUGGGCGCCGGCCUGGCUGAGGUCUUCCAGCUGGUGGAGGAGGCCUGGCUGCUGCUGGCCGUGGGCCGCGAGGUGGCCCAGGGUCUGUGCGACGCCAUCCGCCUGGACGGCGGCCUCGACCUGCUGCUGCGGCUGCUGCAGGCGUCGGAGCUGGAGACGCGCGUUCAGGCCGCGCGUCUGCUAGAGCAGAUCCUGGUGGCUGAGAACCGGCAAACUACUGACCUGCAGCAAUGAAGAAGAGAAAGUAGACUCUGGGCUAGACAAUCAUAAGUCCUAGCUGUUUAUCUCUGGAACACUUGAGGUUAAUAUUGUUUUAAUGUUCACAUUAGAGUUUUUUUUCUCCCCUUACAAUGUUCAUUGUGUAAAUCUGCUUUAAAUACUUCACCAUACCACAGAUUCAGUGAUCACAUGGGUCAAAAUAAAACACAGAGUGUAUAAUUUUUUAAAUGUCUCCCAACACUGGAUUUCUCCUUUGUUUGAAGAGGAGUCCUUUUAAAUGGAGGGUUGCAGUGAUGGCCCUCCCACCCAGGGAACCAGCCCCCGCCCCUUCCUGGCCCAGGGAACCCCAGGCUAGGCCCUGCCCACAUCAACCAUGCUUGGUCAUGUGAUUUGCUUGGCCAGUGUGACAUCAGUCAUGUGACAUAAGCAGAGGCUCCAUAAGUACUUGUGUACCGAGGCUCAACCUCUUGGGACACUGCCAGGCUAGACAGGCCCUGACACGGAGGGAGAGGCCCAGCUCUCCUGGCCAGCCCAGCUCAGCCCAGCUCCCAACUGACCAGCAGGUGAAAGGAGCCAUUUGAGUGAGCCCAGGGGAGACCAGCAAAAGAAUCAUUCAGCCAAACAUUCAAUGAGAAAUAGUAAAUUGCUAUUGAAACAAUACAUUGGUGGGCUAUUUUUUGUUAUGCAACAAAGACCAACUGAAAUACUGUACUUUACUGGGUAAUUUAUUUAUUACAUAACUCUAAUACUAAUCUUCAGAAGACUACACACCGAUCCUUGCCUCCAAAAUUUUUCUUAAAAUCCAGGCAUUCAUGAUUCUUCUUGACUGGGAUAUUUUCUUUUCUUUUCUUUUAGAUACAAUAACAAGAAUAAAACAAAUUAAAUAAUACAGGAAGGUAUAAAAUGGAAAGAAAAGUAUCCUAUCCCUUGUCCUCAACCCCAGCCUUCUCUCCAAAGGGAAACACCUUUAACAGUUCCUUGAAUUUCUUACAGAAAAAAUUUAAACAUAUAACUAAUAUGCAGUGGAUCCCAUUUGUUGCCCACCCUGUAUUCACUCUCCUCUCCCCAGGAAUGUGACCCCAUCCCCAACCUCAAGGUUUUGUUUCAAGUAGAUCCUAUGUUGGCCCAAUCAACCAAAGGGAAGCUGUUUCUAUCCCAUGGUUUCUAUCCUGCUGGAUGAGGACAUGGAAGCACAAAGCUCCAGGCAACACUGGAAGCUAUCUUGUGACCAGAGAACUGUCUGAGGGGAAAGAUGAUGUUGCAGAUAGUAGAGAAGAGAAACAUAAAGAAUCUGGGUUCUUGAUGAUGUCUUGGAGCCACCAAUUAGACGUUACCUGGAACACAUUUCAUCUUUGUUCUUACAAGUUACAAGAGAUAAGAAAAUGCUAUGGUUUAAGCCAUUUUGAGGUUCAGAUUUCUGUUAUUUUGCAGCCCCAAACAUGCCUACAUAUGCAAUCUUUCCCAAAAAAGCAUGCAAAAGAGACCAUUUAUACAUACUGUUACAUACUUUGCUUUUUUCACUUAAUAUAUUUUGGAGAUGUUUCGUAUCUCCUUCUACAGAUCUACUUCCUUCUUUUUAACGGAUGCUGUCUCAGUUUGAGUGUAUUAUGUCCCCCAAAACUCCAUUAUUUUUGAUGUAAUCUUGUGUCGACAGAGGUAUCAGUGUUGAUUAGAUUGUAAUUCUUUGAGUGUUUCCAUGGAGAU